CCGCAGCACAGCACAACCAUCCGGUCCGCAGAAGCCACUCGUGCAGGUUGGAGUUCUGGGACCAACUAAACUAACUGACUAUGAAGAUUCUGGCAGCUAUCUGUGUGCUCGCCGUCGGCGUCAGCGCACAGGUUGGGCAUUCAGGGAUCGUUAGACCCGAUGGUGUCAACACUCAGUUCUCUCAUGCCUUCGCUGAUGAUAUCGCAUUGGUAGGACCUUCUGGUAUUGUUACCAAGUCUGGUCAAAACGUACAACUCACCUCCGACCUCCACUUUGUUCCCCGUGCCAAGCGCAGUGCUGGUAUGGUGUCUGCCAAGGGCAACAUUGGUCACUCUGGCAUCCUACGUGCUGAUGGUACCACCGACCUUUUCAGCCACGACCUUGCUCAUGACAUUCUCCUCAUCGGGCCCUCUGGUGUGGUCACAAAGUCUGGCCGCAACCUUCAGCUCACUGACGACUUGAGGAUCGUGAACCCACGCUUCAGGCGCAGUGCUGGUAUGGUGUCUGCCAAGGGUAAUAUUGGUCACUCUGGCAUCCUACGUGCUGAUGGUACCACCGACCUUUUCAGCCACGACCUUGCUCAUGACAUCCUUCUCAUCGGACCCUCUGGUGUGGUCACCAAGUCUGGCCGUAACCUCCAGCUCACUGACGACUUGAGGAUUGUGAACCCACGCACCAAGCGUUCAGUUCCUUUAGUUGGACCCUCUGGUAUGAUCACCGCUGAAGGCAUCCCCAUCCAGUUCUCCAAGCCAGGCACCACCAUCCUGCUUGACGGACCCUCCGGCUACGUCAUGAGCGACGGCACCCUCGUCCAGAAGCGCAGCAAGCGUCAUCUAGUCGGUGAGUCUGGUAUCAUCACCUCUGAUGGUCAACAGAUCCAGUUGGAGCACGGAGUGAAAGUGGUCCUUGCUGGUCCCUCCGGUAUCCUCCUCUCCAACGGCAAGAACAUCCAGUUGUAAUGAGUUGCCUGACGUCUUAAAGCGACUCUCUAGUCUUGAGAUCUUCUUAAUUUGUGAAACAAACACCAGGUUGGUCAUUAAACAUGCACGCUCGGUCAUGUAUAAACUGCAGCAGCAUGAAAAUUUAAGACCUUUGUGAAUAUUGUCACCAAGAUAUUUUAUUCUAUAGUUUUACCAAUUCAAAAUUUUGCCAAAAGUUUUACAGUGAAGAAUUUUGUUGAGAAGAACACUGUGAAAUAAAACCUUAACCAUACAA